AAGAAAACUAUCUCAGCAAAGGGCACGAAGACGGUUUGGAUCAAAUGCGCUAAUAAAGACAAACAUCGUGCAACUGUUAUGCUUUUAGCAGAUUCGGAUGGUGUAAAGUGCGACCCAUUCAUUAUAUUCAAGACGUCAGACGCCAAGACGGAAGCAAGACGCGCUGAGAACGGUGAGAUCAGAAAUGGGUUCGGUACAACCAUUUGGCCUGAAGUG